AUUGUGGAAACAGAGGAAAACGUGUAGUGAGCUGAAUGCUCAGCAUUUAAAUUUAGUUUGAGGUCUUUCGCUUUCUUUAGAUAUUAAUAUCCAAGAAAUUGGAAAUAAGGUUUUCGAACAAUUACAACGUUAUAGGGGACUCAGUGGGUUAGAAAUAGACACAUUAGUCGUAUAACAAAGCAUUUGGCCAGACUGCGCGCUAACAAAGCUAACAGAUCCUUAUACUUAGAAGAGCCACACAAAGGAAAUGCGGUCGUUUGGAGUGAAAACAUAAACGUCAAGAAGAGUUAUGUAAAUGGUCGAGGAAUAUUGUUAUCUCCAAAUUAUUAACAAAAUGGACAACAUUAGUUGUUUAACAUUGGUUUUGAAGUGGAGAAUGUUUUAAGAGAAUCACUCAAGGUUUGAUAAGCUAUUCUGGAUCCGUCAGCCUUACUGGUGCUAUUUUGCCGAUUUUUAUCAUUCAAAAGCACUGAUAGGACUUAAAAAAAAAAUAACAACGACAUUAACACGGUUUUCAUGUGCACUAGUGUUAUGUUAGGAAUAAAGCUGCCCUUGUGGCGUCUUUUCGUAGAAGUGUCCAAAGACUCAAAUUCGUGUAGUGAACUGCGAGCUAACAGACGUUCAGUGAAGCGGUAACAGGCUAAAGUAUUUAGAAAGCAGAUUGCGGCCCCUUUCUGCGACUGUUCCUUUUGUCAUAAAGGUAUUUAUAUAAAUACAGAUAAGUAGAUGGCCAUUGUGCCAGCGUCUUUUUAACUAGACACUUGUGAGCUAAGGAGAGUUUAGUUGGCAUUUGGCGAGGAGGCUAAUUAGUUAGCAAAACUAAAGCUAACGUCAUAGCUAUACAUUAUUAGCGCUACAAGGUAAUAGUGACAGGACCGGAAGCUGUCCUGGUAAAAUUGAUUACAAUCUAAUUAUGGCAGCCCCUACAAACGAGGCCUUGUUUUUGAUAAAGGAUGUGAAGCCUGGGUCGAAAAACUUGAAUAUUGUAUUCAUCGUUCUGGAGAUAGGACGAGUUACUAAAACGAAAGAUGGCCACGAGGUGCGCUCUUGCAAAGUGGCAGACAAGAGCGGGAGCAUAGCAAUCUCUGUUUGGGAUGAACUCGGUAGUCUCAUUCAGCCAGGAGACAUCAUCAAGCUCACCAGAGGCUAUGCCUCUAUAUGGAAAGGCUGCCUGACCCUAUACACUGGAAGAGGGGGAGAUCUCCAGAAGAUUGGAGAGUUUUGCAUGGUGUACUCGGAAGUGCCCAACUUCAGCGAGCCAAACCCAGAGCUGCAAGCCCAAGCAAACCAACAGAACAAGUCUGGUAAACCUGACCAGAACCAGAGAGGAAACUCGCCACCUAACCAGAAUUCAGGUACUCCUGCCCCACCAGGUAACGGUGCCAUGCCGCCCUUUGCCAACAACCCACCACCCGGCACACCCCGGGACUCAACAUUUGGGAACGUCGGGCGACCAAAUGGCCGGUCUCCUGGCAAUGGUGCCCCUCCGGUUAAUGCUGCCGGACCCCCUGCAGCCACAAAGACCUCAGUUACCAUUAGCAAUGGCAGGGACCCACGACGUGCCAAAAGAUGAAACUAGGUUGGUGGGGAGAAAGUGACAACAAUAAUGGGAGCUCCUCUCGUUUUUCCUGCUCCUGAUUUGUACCUUCUGCCCCCUUCUCCACCACAGCCUCUAUCGGCUCUCACAGUAAUGAAGUUUUAUUAAGGACAACCUGAAUAACUUUUAUACAGGCUAAUAUAGUUGGGUGUUUUCAUUGCUUGCAUAGUGCAAGUCGUGCGCUCUGUUAGAGUUCUGUAGUCAUGAUCUACCACUUCUCCUAUCAGAACCUCUACAGUUGAGGCUGGUGGUUGAGUGGUUAGCUUCUCAGUCUACACUCUUGUCCUCUAAAUCUCUUUGCAAACUGUCUGUUCUCUGCCAGUGUUAUCUCCCCUCCACACCAGCCCAGCUCCCUCCCCUCCUUUCAAUCUACACACCCUACUUGAACACUUGAUGCACUUUCUAUUAAAUUAUGUUGAAGCUUGGUCGUCAUUUAUAUCAGAAACGUUUUUUUCUUUUUUUUUUUUUUUUUGUUAAAUAAGCCUUAAGUGAAAAUGCGAUCUUGGACUGUGACAUGAUCAAGUAAAAUUCUUCAAAGGGUCUUCCCUGUCUUAACCAAACUGUAUCCGAAGUGACUUUGUUAAAGCAGAAGGUGUUAGUUGUGGAUUUUUAAUGAUGGGUAUGUAGACUGAUCAUUCAUAGGUUUUUUUUUUUUUUUGUUUUUGUUUUUUCUUUUGUUCUGUUUUUUCUCCCCUUUUGACAAAACAUGUUUAUCUUGUUUCCAUCAUCUGUAAUUUUUUUUUCCAUCAAGGUGGGACCACUUUAAAACGGUUCACCAAAUAAAUUUUAGAAUAAUC